GAAGUUGUGACUGAGGUCAGGGGGCGGGAUCGUUGUCUGGAGACGGCGGGAGUUGUUUCGCCAUGGCGGCCGGGCCGAUCUCCGAGCGGAACCAGGAUGCCACUGUGUAUGUGGGGGGCCUCGAUGAGAAGGUUAGCGAACCACUGCUGUGGGAGCUAUUUCUCCAGGCAGGGCCAGUAGUCAACACCCACAUGCCAAAGGAUAGAGUCACUGGUCAGCACCAAGGCUAUGGCUUUGUGGAAUUCUUGAGUGAGGAAGAUGCUGACUAUGCCAUUAAGAUCAUGAACAUGAUCAAACUCUAUGGGAAACCAAUACGGGUGAACAAGGCAUCAGCUCACAACAAAAACCUGGAUGUGGGGGCCAACAUUUUCAUUGGGAACCUGGACCCAGAGAUCGAUGAGAAGUUGCUUUAUGAUACUUUUAGCGCCUUUGGGGUCAUCUUACAAACCCCCAAGAUUAUGCGGGACCCUGACACAGGCAACUCCAAAGGUUAUGCCUUUAUUAAUUUUGCUUCAUUUGAUGCUUCGGAUGCAGCGAUUGAGGCCAUGAAUGGGCAGUACCUCUGUAACCGCCCAAUCACCGUGUCCUAUGCUUUCAAGAAGGACUCCAAAGGUGAACGCCAUGGCUCAGCCGCUGAACGACUUCUGGCAGCACAGAACCCACUCUCCCAGGCUGACCGCCCUCAUCAACUGUUUGCAGAUGCACCCCCUCCACCCUCUGCUCCGAAUCCUGUGGUAUCAUCACUGGGGUCUGGGCUUCCUCCACCAGGCAUGCCUCCUCCUGGCUCCUUCCCACCACCAGUACCGCCUCCUGGAGCCCUUCCACCUGGGAUACCCCCAGCCAUGCCCCCACCACCUAUGCCUCCUGGAGCUGGAGGACAUGGCCCCCCAUCAGCAGGAACCCCAGGGGCUGGACAUCCUGGACAUGGACACUCACAUCCUCACCCAUUCCCACCGGGUGGGAUGCCCCAUCCAGGGAUGUCUCAGAUGCAGCUGGCCCACCAUGGCCCUCAUGGCUUAGGACACCCCCAUGCUGGGCCCCCUGGCUCUGGGGGGCAGCCACCACCCCGACCACCACCUGGAAUGCCUCAUCCUGGACCUCCUCCAAUGGGCAUGCCCCCCCGAGGGCCUCCGUUCGGCUCUCCCAUGGGUCACCCAGGUCCUAUGCCUCCGCAUGGCAUGCGUGGACCUCCUCCACUGAUGCCCCCUCAUGGAUACACUGGCCCUCCACGACCUCCACCCUAUGGCUACCAGCGGGGGCCCCUCCCUCCACCCAGACCCACUCCCCGGCCUCCAGUUCCCCCUCGAGGCCCACUUCGAGGCCCUCUCCCUCAGUGAUUUCUCGUUGCCUUUCCUCUUGUUAUAGCCUCCCAAUAUCUGUUCACUUCCUUGGACCAAUCAGAGUUGCUGUAGCUCCCAGGGACUAAGGCGCUAAUCCCUCUCAGGCCUCCUUUUGUAAGUGUAAUUUUUUUCACAGGAGGUUUUAUUUUUUUCUGUGUCAGUCCUAAGUGUUUUGCAAAUGCACAGAGAAAAUAAAACUAAACUCCUUGUU